AUGGCAACGCUCGUGAAUGCGUCAAGUCCAAGCACAUCUCCUCCGCACGAACAACCAUGCUCACCGACAGGCGGAGAUGACACGGGCCCUGGCACCACCACCGCUGACCCAUCAACGCACCACCAUCACCACCACCACCAGCACCAUCAUCACCACCACCAGCGACAGCAAUCCUCAGACUCGAAUAUUCAACACCUCGCGCAGGAGGUUGCGGCAAUGACUGCGUCACCGGCACGGAGUGGCGCUACCGCAGAUACCCAAGCUGACCAGCACCUUUCUUCGACGAGGCGCGAGGACAUCACGCACACACAAGUAAGGGGGGACCCACAAGCAAGAGCGGACACAGCAGCAUAUCCCACCCAUGGCGCUGAUGAUGCCCAAGCCACUGCUUACCGCCUGCAUCACCACGCCAACGACAACGACGACCACAACAACGACGACAACGACGACAACGACAACACCGCCAUGAUGGAUGACGAUGACGAGCAGGACGGUUACGGCGAAGAGGAUGCCCCACACACGCAUGCGUUCCCCAGCUAUUCUGGCGGUGGGCACUAUGAUCCUGCUCAGCACAACCACGAGCAACAGCACGCGAGCGACUCCCAGCUUCCGUGGGCGGCCAUGAUGGAGACAAGCUUCGACAGCAUUCCGCCAGAGCUGCGCCCGUUCCUGACCAUGGCAGACUCACUCGGCGGUGUCGUACCUCUCGCGCAAGCUUCGCUGCAACACCAGUAUGAUCACCAGUACGAGCGAGAGUACCCCGGCCACGAUGACGACCACGACCACCAAGAAUAUGCCGACGAGCACCACGGGCACGACCACAACGACCACGAUGAUCGUGAUGAUCGUGAUGACCACGAAGAACAUCACUACCAUCAUUACCAUCAUCGUCACCAUCAUCAUGACGACCACCCCGCGCAUGACAAUCAUGAUCAAAGCCAUCCCGAGCAGCACCAGGGCACUGAGUCGAUGCCGUUCUUCCCGUUCUCGCCGUCGACAGAUGCGCGCGAUUCACACAGUCAAGACGCCCACAGCUUUGACGGGACCCCGCCCGCGUAUGUGUCCACGUCGUCGUCAGGCCAGACAACCGCGUCUGUGCCAUCAGGCGCGCACGUUGCGUUCUCGCCAAACCUCUUCCCCACCCUGCCUACGGCGCAGUCUGUCACGGGCCUUGUGUCCACGCCGCACCCGCCGCUGCUCACGCUGGCGUCCAACCCACUCCAGGGCAUCUCCGUCAUCCCGACCAUGUCUGUUGUCACACCGAGCGGCACGCUGCUGCUGCACCACCAGCCCGGGGCGCCCCUCAUUCCAGGCAUGGCCACACACGGCAACCUUGCCCAGGCCAUGAUAACCAACGGUGCCGCUGUUGUUCCUCCGGGAUCUGGCGCCUCUCUCCCGCCAUCGCUCCAGCCUGCACGCCGCCGACCACAGCAGCAGCAGCAGCGACAGCGGCUGCGACGGCAGCCGCCAUCAUCGUCAUCCACGUCGUCAUCGUCAGCGUCGUCCGUGUCGUCGUCCCGCCUGCACACCGCCGCAGCCACAGUGCAGCCAGCGGUGGAGGGCGCGGGCAUUGGCGUGCCCGACGCUGCUGGUGGUGUUGAUGGUGAUGAUGAGGAUGGUGGCGGCGGCUUUGAUGGCCAUGUUGCCGCAACCGUCGCCAGCUCACACCCAACCAACCAUCACCGUCAGCAGAUACUCGCAGCACCCCACUUGCACCAGCACCAGCACCAUCAGCCGCGAAAGAGCGAAUUGACGGCCACGACCACGGCGAUGACAGCAGGGGCAUCGGGCGGAGGCGUGAGUCGGCGGCGGCGGCGCAACAUUCCGCGGUUUGUGCAGCCGCAGCGAAGCGAGUUUGAGAGCGACGCAGCGUUUGAGGCCGCCCUGGAGAGGUGGAAGUCAUACAGGGAGAAGAACAACGCUUCCGUGCGCAAGAGCCGGGAGCGGGCGCGGGAGCGGGACCAGCUGUGCCGGCGCGUUCUGCGCGAUACGGAGCAGCGGCGGCAGCAGCUGGUGGCGACGGCGACAACCCUCCGAUCAAACCUGCGGCUGCUGUUGCGGGCGUUCCACGCGGACACGACGCUGACGCCGCUCGAGGCCGCGUGGGUGCAGACGCUGGUGCGGUCGAAGGACGGGCUGCAGCUGGCGACAGAGGCCUCGCUCACGUCAUAG